AUGCCGCUGUGGGCCAUCUAUCACUCUCCCUCAACCUUUACAACUUCGGCCGAGAAGUCAGCGUUGGUUGCCGCCAUCACUGAUAUAUACACCAACCCAGCCGGACCCGCGCUCCCAAAAUUCUACGUAGUCGUCCAGUUCUUCGCCCUCGAAUCCUCCAACUUCUACGUCGGCGGCAUCCCGCGCCCCAGCCCACAGAAUCCUUCAUCCAACGAACCAGGCGGAGAUCCUUCCAUCCCCUUUGUGCGCAUCACGAUUCAAAACAUCGCGCGGAAAAUAGGGAACGAUACCGUCCGCGACAGGUUCCUCACGCGUGUCGAUGACGCUUUAAAACCGCACAUUGAGGAUAAAGGGUACGAUUGGGAGUAUAGUGUUUUGGAGACUUCGCGGGAUUUGUGGAAGGUACAGGGACUUGUGCCGCCGAUGCCUGGGACAGAGGAAGAGGGUAUUUGGAGGAAGGAGAAUAAAGCUGUUAAGCUUUGA